AUGCUUAUGAUUCCCACAAAAAAGAGAUGGGAGAGAAGUUUAUAUGGAAUUUCAUCCAACACAAGUUAUAACAAGAGGCUUUGUGGUUCAAGUCAUGGUUGGCUAGCUAAGGUGGAUUAUUGUUCUAAAGUUACCUCUAUAACACUCCUCAAUCCUUUUAAAGAUGCGGUUUCCAUCACUUCACCACCCAUCUACAUGAUAUAUGGGUAUAGAAGAAGAAAAGAUUAUGAGUAUGUUGUGCAUAAGAUUGUUUUAUCUGCUAAUCCUACAUUUAAGCCACGCGAUUAUGUAGUUGUAGCCAUUUAUAGUGUGUGGCGAUUUCUUGCUAUCCUAAGAGCUGGACAAAAGAAUUGGACUUAUAUCGAUGAUAUUCAUCGUCUCAUCAAUGAUGUUAUAUUCUAUAAAGGUUUAGUAUAUGCUAUGAGACUAAUAAAUUGA